CCAUGGCCAUGGCCAUGGCUCCACCACCGUCCUUCCUUUGAUCCCACGGGUAGAAAGAGGACGAGUGACUUGAGUGAGUAUCCGGCAGCGGCAGUAGCAUUUGGCCGGCGCCGAUUGACAUCCAUCUACUUGAUUAGCAAUCGCCGGCAACAACUACUCCACACCUGAAGUGACGGGUGAGGCGUCGCCGGAUUGCACUAGAGUCAGUGUACUACGCAGCUACGCACUCUGCAUGCUCUUCUCUUCUGUAGUCUGUAUGGUCGUGCACAGUGCCUCCCUCUCCCUGAUCUAUUGAGCUUGACGCGAUCAGGUUGUCUGUCUGAGGUAGCCGCGCUGAGAUCUGACUCGGCUACAGUGGCGUUCGAGCGGGAGAGCGACGCAGGGGCCAGGGGGUUCUAUAUUUACAAGGCAGCAGUCAGUGAGGGUGCGCAGCGCGAGCCGUGCCUCUCUGCUUCCUAAAUUUGGCUGCCUGCCGAGCUCCCCCCUCUACAGUUUGCUGCGGCUUCAGGGCAGGGGCUUGAAAAAAGGGAGCUGUCCAAGGCCAUGGAGUGCUCCCGGGGGAGGCGGAGAUGGAGGUGGUGUGGCAGAUCCAUGCUAAAGCUGGCGGGGCUAUGCUGCUUCGCCGUGGCCAUCGUCAUCUGCUUCUGCGGCGUUCGGUCCUGGGCUUGCAGUGCCAGCGCCUGCAGGGGGAGGAGUACUGUGUUGCUCCGUUCAGAACCAUGGGGACGAGGACGAGCGGCAGCAUCUUGCGAUAACCAGGGGUGCUACAUCAACACGGGCGUGCAAGGGCAAGGGCAAUGGCGGCGGCUGCUGGCGGAAGGUCCGGGGUCAUACCCGCCACGGUGCACGUCCAAGUGCGGCGACUGCAGCCCGUGCUACCCGGUGCACGUGGCCGUGCCGCCGGGCGUGCCGGUCACCACCGAGUACUACCCGGAGGCGUGGAGGUGCAAGUGCGGCAACCGCCUCUACAUGCCAUGAGAGAGCGCAGUCUCGCCGUCCGAGCAGGAAGGAGGCGCUGGGCCUACGCUGCAUUAUUGCACCGGGGGGCGGGGUGGCUCGUCUCGCCUGCGCUGCGCUGCGCUCCGCGCGCGCGCGCCCCGCAUGGGCGCGCGGGAUCUGCAGUCUGCAGCGCGCGUGGUGACCGUGGCGACCUACCACACUGACCGGCUGCCGCGGCUGGGUCCGCUGGGGUGGGGUACCCAGACCGAGACUGUGCAUGGCUUUUUCCGUGCCGCGCGCUGGAAUUCGCACGGCCCUACCACGAGCGCGGAGGCAUGGCGGGCGUACGGCGCGUCAGCGCGUGCUGGAUCGAGGAGGGAGGGGCGAGCGCGGAGCGCCUGAGACGAGAGCUGCUGCGGCCCACUCUUGCACGUGUCCGUAUAAUCUGUUCAAAGUGUUGAUA